AUGAAGGCAUCAUCAUCAUCGUCCAGCUUGUCCUCGACCGAGACGAAGAAACCGAUCCACCUCGUCAUUCUCAUCCAUGGCCUCUUUGGUUCGCCCGCCAAUGUAGCGACGGUAGCGGAGGAGCUGCACUACGUGCAUGGGUCUGGCGGAUCCACAUCAGCGACAGGGAUCGCGGGAGAGUCAGGAUCGGACAGGGAAGACGGGGAGGAUGGAGACGAGGUGGAGGAAGAAAGGGAACGGAACGGAGGGAGGCGGUAUCGCAAACCCUCCGCCUCCAACUCCCCCUCGCCCCAUCGUCUGCCCUCGGCCCGAGCAGCGCAGAAAAGGAAGAAGGCACAGAGGGAACGGGAGAGAGGCAAGGAUAGGAAGGACGAGCUGGUAGUGUAUAGCUGUAACAGCUUUGGGUUUGGACAUACCUGGGACGGAGUGGAUAUCAAUGCCCAACGAGCGGCGAAGGAGGUGGAUCAGGAAGUGAGGAGACUAGAGGAAGGCGAAGGCAGGAGAGUGGGGUCAAUCAGCUUCAUGGGAUACUCGCUUGGCGGACUGAUAGCCCGAUACCUCAUCGGCGUCCUCUACUCUCGCUCUCCAGACUUCUUUGAGCGACACAAACCCGCUGCCUUCGUGACGAUUGCGACUCCCCACAUCGGGACACUACGCUAUGGAACGACGACCAACAAGAUCAUCCAUACCAUCGGGAGACGCCUCUUUUCGAGGUCAGGGAGACAGCUGUAUUGCGACGAUCGGGACGAACAGGGAAGGUGUCUGCUGGAAGUUAUGGCCGAUCCAGAUGGGAUCUUCAUACAUGCACUACAAGGCUUCAACAAGGUCUUGAUCGUAGCCAAUGGCUGCCACGACCUCACCGUCCCCUUCCCCACAGCUUCUAUAUCCCUCUCGGACCCAUUCCAAGACUACGCAGCCGGUGCCUCCCCACUCCAUCUAGAAGUGGACGAACGGAACAUCGUCACGUCGUAUCGCCAGAUCUCAUAUUCAGAGCAUGAGGAGGGGCCGGGUCAUAUCGCACAUACGAAGGAGGACGAUGGAGAUAUCACGGUCACCGUGGCGACGACGAGGAGGUCCGGCGGGGAGGACGAGAAGAAGCAGGUCAAAUUACCGCCUAGACCGGCUUUGCCGCCCUUCCUCUACUUCAGGUGGCCGUUCACAUACGCCAUCUUCUUCAUCUUGCCAUUCUUGAUCCCACUCUGGAUAUGCUUAAUAAUCGGCUUUACCACUCUGCAAUCGUACCGGUCGGCGAAGCGGCAUAGGCUUCUAGGCUCGAAAGGGGAACAUCAGCCCCUCCUCGCCUCUCUCAUCCCCGCUACAAGACCCAAAUCCCGCCCGAUUUCCCGCCGAAGUACCCCCGAAUACUCCUCCGGCACUUCUACACCCCCCUUUGAACUUCUGUCCCCCAGCACGAUGAAGAUCCCGCUCUACCUCACUGAUCGACAAGAACGGAUGGUACGGAGUCUGAACGGGGCAUUACCGCAUAUGGAGCGGAUUGUGGCUUGGUUCCCGUCGGCUUUUAAUGCGCAUGCCGUGGUCAUCAUGAGGGACUACAAAAAGUUUCCGUCACAGGAGGUGGCGAGGGGAGUUUUGAGGGAAGUAGCGGGGUCAAAUGGGGGGCUGCCUCUGCCGCCCAUGGAGUUGCGGCAUCAGGUGUACCGCAUGCUCGGUGAGCACGAUUCUGAAGGCACCUUGCCAUCUCGCGAGAACGGUCGGACCACUAUCUCGCCCUCAGCAGAUUGGAAGGGCCAGACGGACACAGGCGGUGACGAGCACUCUCACAAGCUUCGUAUGCUAUUCAGAACGGCAGCGCAGGAGAAUUUCCGCCUUACAAGCAGGGACUGUGUGGGCGUAUCGGACAAGGUAGAGCAGCUGACUUGGGAUGCUUGCUCUCCAGACACGGUGGCAAACAACACUGUACUGAUCGUCGGGGCAGGCUCAGGGUUGUGCACACAAGCGGAAAGUGGAAGCUCACUGGCGCUGUUCAACGUUGAUGACUACGGUGAAGCGUUCAUCCGCGAGUCGCUGCGGAACAAUCUCGGUCGUCGAGAUGUAUACAUCAUUCCCCACGUCGCCUUUCCGUCCUCGGUGACCGAAGGCAGUGUCUUCCGCGGGCAACACGUCCUCGUUGACUUGCUCGCCAAUGCUGUCGCAAAGAAUCAUGAGUUGAGUCCCAGGCAUGUCGCGCUUCCGGAGGAUCCCACAGCGGCGUCAUCAAUCGAUCACGCGCCGUUGGGAUGCGUUCGCAUGUGCAAGGCCAUGUCGAAGAUCUCCAACGCAAGUCCCGCAACUCAAUUCCACUGGACGACGUCCAGCCGAUACUCAACGAUCCAUUGCUCAUUCGUGCGGGACCUGCGCGUUGACAGCACCUCGGACACGAUGCUGAGCCUCGUCGACGAGACUCCCCAUCUGGAAGCGGGUCAGUGGGACAGUCAACUCAGCUGGUUCAUCACGGCCGUCGACCCUCGAACUGCGAAGGAAGGAGACGAACGUGUGAGCCGCCGGGAUGAGUACGCCUCAUUCGGCGAAAGUCUGUCUCUCAGCCCAAACAGCAAGGGCAAGAAGCGCAUCGUCAAAGUCCACCUUGGCGGAAAACUGACGGAGCUGACGGAGGGAAAACUGAGGAAGACGCUGGUGGCUGAUUGGUUGAGAGCCGCUGAGGAGUCUGUGGGGCCGCGUUUCCAAGACAAGGGCGUCACCUACCAGCUUUACGAUGGCUGGACCCAGAUCUAUCCCCUUCCGCGUGAUGAGUCUUCCACAGGGCAGGCGGGUGAUGAGGUCGUGUAG